UUGCUUCCUACCGAAUUAAAAAAGAACUUGACAAUACGGAACAUCGUCAAUGUCAUAAACAUAACCUCUUAUUUCAGUUUCAUACAAAUUUAUGCCGAAACAUAAAUCUAUUCAAUACUAACGGUUUUAGCAAAUAAUUACCUAGCUAACUUGCUAUUUUUACUCAUUAGCUUAACAAAUAGUUAAUAAUACAUACAUUUGUUAUCCAAACACUACGAUGGCCGACGACGGAGAAAAUGUUGCGGUUAUGACUGUAAAGGAGCCGUUAGAUCUGAUUAGACUCAGUUUGGAUGAAAGAAUAUAUGUAAAAAUGAGGAAUGAACGAGAACUAAGGGGAAAAUUACAUGCAUAUGACCAACAUUUAAACAUGGUUCUUGGUGAUGCUGAAGAAACAAUAACCACAGUGGAAAUUGAUGAGGAAACAUAUGAAGAGGUGUACAGAACUACAAAGAGGAAUAUCCCCAUGUUGUUUGUACGAGGAGAUGGUGUCAUACUUGUAUCUCCACCAGUGCGUGUUGGUCUUUAGGUUACAUUUAUAAAAUUAAGAACAAUAAAGUAUUUUAAAACAUA